CCUGUGCCUCUUUGAUCAGCUGUUACUCCUCGAAUUAUUGCGUCGAUCAUCACACUGAUCACAACACUGAUAACGUGAUAACUGUCGCACUCAUGUAGUUCCGGAGCUAUGUACCAUCGCAUGAGGAUCUUUACCCGCCUGAAGGUAUUGCGCUGAUUGUUUUAUAAGAGAAUAAAAAAGGAGAAGAGACCCACCAACGUCUUGCACUUGUAGUUUGUGAUUCCCCAGAGUUUUAAUCACCAUCGACAAUAUUUGGGGGGAAGAUGAGCCUGAGGAGGAACUCGUCGAUGGACUCCUCGACAGGGGGGGACGAUCUUAAUGGCCCCAUGUCGAAAUUAACGAGCAUGAUCAGGCAGUCCAAGAAGGUCUUCGUGGGGAACUACACUGAGAGACGAUAUGUCCAGUCGGUACCGGCGUAUAGGGACAUCGUUUCCAUUGAUCCAGAGGAGAGUGAAGUUGUGAACUGCCUGACUGAGAUCCAGAAGGUCGUUCGGGAGGAGUUCAGGGAGGAGAAGUGGCUGGGAAUUACUUGUAAUAUGGUCGACAAUAUCGUUGUAAAUUACAACUUAUGGGUGGAACUGGAUAAAGUGCCCCUGGGAAAGCACUGGUUUCAGAUUCGGUCCCUUAAAGUGAAUCAGAACACGAUUCAACUGCAGUUGAGGUAUUUGAGGCCAUAUGAAGGGAGAGGGAGAGACUCGUUCUUUAAUGAGUCUGCAGAAUUCCCAUCUUUCAAUAUAAAACAGAUUCUCACUUACCACAACGUCUGCGAAGUAGCCAAAUUCAGUGCUGUAUUAAUAAUGAGUAUAAUAACUGUUACUGGAAACCUCCUGUGGUACAUAAGUGAAUAUUCCCUGCGAUUAACUCGAGAACUAUCGAAUCUGAUAAGAGUCCUGACACCCAUCAUCUUCGGACUCUACGAAUUCAUGACGAAAUGCGUCGGUGGCUUCAUGUGGCUGAUCUACAUGCUGUUCAGCGGCAAUUCUGCCCCCAGGAACCCCCCACCCAUGGCCAUAAUGGGGAGCAGUCCCCGACCCCUCCAGUACCGGAGGAGUUACUCCAACCAGAAGUUCAGAUACUGAUGGACGAUAAUUAUUCACCAAGUAUUACACCAAACAAAUUUAUCAAUUCAGUCAUCUUUCGAUUUUUUAAUUGUAUUGAGGGGGAUUUAUUCGUGAUCUUGAUUUGAUCAUAAAGUGCUAAUGAAGAUUUUUAAAACCAAAUGUAAAGAUGUUUUAUAUUGAUAAUAGAUACCUAGUAUUAUAUUUUCGGAAGACUGAUUGAUUGACAGUUGAUCAUUUCCCAGGAUUAAGUGGAGGAGGUUUAAUAAAUUUGAGCGAGUAAACAUA